AGAUAAUGUAAACAUCUCUACUGCUUCCGGUUUACACACCGAAGGGUCACCAAAAAUGGCUAACCGUUAGCUUCUGUUAGCUUGCCUAGUUUCGCAUACGGAAAGCUACUGAAGUCUGAUGGCCUCAUUUGGUUGGAAGAGGAAAGUUGGCGAGAAAGUGUCAAAGUCAGCGGUGCAGCAGUUUGAGGCUGAGGCGGAGAAAGCUCCAGAUGAUGGAGGAAGUCAGGACGAGGAAGUGGACUGGCUGCACGCCAUCAAACGCCGGCGGGAGGUCCUGCUGGAGGACUGUGCAGCCAAGAGCACGAGGCUGAAGGAUGAGGGUGCACUGUUGGCUGAGCAAGGCAGGCACUGGGAGGCCAUCAAGAAGUGGGACGAGGCCAUUCAGCUGACACCAGACAACCCGUUACUGUAUGAGAUGAAGUCUCAGGUGUUGACCAUUCUGCAGGAAGUGUUCCCAGCUGUGAAAGCGGCAGAGAUGGCAGUGAAGUUCCGUCCUCUUUGGUGGGAGGGCUGGCAGACUCUGGGCCGCGCCCAGCUCAACCUGGGAGAGGUGGACCUGGCUGUGCGGUCCUUCCAGGUGGCAAUCCACCUGUGUCCAUCAGAGCGCACCCUGUGGCAGGAAGACCUGGUGUGGGCAUCGAGGUUGCAAAAGCAGUAUUUGGCAAACAAGGAGAAGAUUCGCAAUGAGGAGGAGACCAAAAAACAGAUCCUUAAUGCCCCGGAGCUUGAGCAGGACUAUGACUUUGAGUCUGAUGAGGUGCUGGCCGCCUGCGUUGCGAUUGCCGAGCGAGAGACACGGUAUGAGGAGCUGAAGAGGACCGCUGUGGUCAUGGACGCUGAGGGAAAUAUAAAAAAUGUACUCACCGGGGAAGAAGGAUCAGAGGACACAGGGACACCAUCAAGUGAGCAGUUGGUCAAAGCGAGAGGACUUUGAACUGGUCUCAGUUGAAUUUAUUGUCCUGGUUCUAUUUUUUAGGACUGAAUGGUCACAAUCAGAUGAAGCCAACAUGAGAAUUGACAAAUCCUAAUGAAGUGCAACAGAUUAAAAGAACGUUUUAGUUGUAUUCAUGUUUUACGUUUCUAUCCAUAUAAUGUUAAUUUACAGAACAUGCAAAACCUUAUGCAUGCAUUAAAGGGAUAGUUCGCAUUUUUUGAAGUGGGGUUGUAGGAGGUACUUAUCUAGGUAUGCUUGCCGUGUGCUGUAUUACGCUGCAAAUAAAAAAGAGUGCUGCUGUGGUGUAAUACAGUGUCUGGCAUGUGUAGGAAUAUGGAAAUUCUACGGUUGAGAAGAUGUAGUGUCAAAGGAAAGGGCCGUCUGACGGCAAGGUAAAGCGGUGAAAAUAUUCUAAAUAUAGCGUACACUUAAACUGAUAUUGGUGAGCCUUUAUUUUGCUGGCUAAAAUACGUUUUACUGCUGGCCCCAUCCACAGCAUUACAUUGCUUAGCUCCCGUGCCAGUACCCUUGCCUGCCUCUCCAAACUGGGAGCGUGCUGACCCAAAAUCUACUGCAGGUAAUACACUGACUAUGGAUAAGUACCUCAUACAACCCAACUUCAAAAAACACUAAUUAUCCCUUUAACUUAACAUGCCCAAAGAUUAAAGAUAUCUUAAAAUCUGUUCUGGAUCAUUAAGUCACAUUCAAUAGCUUUGGAAUCACAUUUAACAAAGCAACAUCAGGACACUAAUGUGAAGCUAUAAACUUUGACAUCUAGUUGUAGUUGUGUUUCAUGUGGACAAGUGUUUUCCACUGACACAAUAACACUUUAAUUGUUAGUGUUCUCUGUGGUCACAUUACAAUCUGCUUUCCGGCAUUCCUCCCACUUGAUAGACCCCAUAGGUUGAGAAAUAAAUAAUAAUAAAAACAUUUUACACAGUGCUUGGUUGAAAUUGGCAGCGUUUUCAAUUGGAGUCACUUGAAAAUUUGAACACAGUUUAUCCAAUAAAACUUCAAAUAAAGAAAAACAAAGAAAAGGAAAAUAGCAAAUAUGUGAAAACAUGAUUAAAGUAUUGGAAAGCAAUCCACGCUGAUGUAAAACAGUAGUUCCCCGUGUUAGCCAGAAAAUCCUGGGAAAAUCAAAGCAAGUGAAUAAACUGUGAAUAAAAAUGUGUGAUAGGUCUCUGUGUUUCCAGCACUUUUCUUUCUUAGGGGACUUUUUAUGUCCAGAGGAUGAGUUGUGGAAUAUUUCUUUACUGAGGUGUUUCAAGGAUGAGCCUCCCAAAACCCCAAUGUGUUACCAUCAUAAUCCUAAGAAACUGAGUCAGUAUAAAUGUAUUUACAUAGCACUUAGAGAAAAGUCACAAAUUGCUUAACGAUGAAAGCAUUUAAAUGAAAAGUCAUUGUGAUCAAAUUGCAUCAAAUUUGUAAAAUUAGAGGAAAUAUUGGAACUAAAUACGAGGCUUCAAACCAACACUAAUACACAUUCAUAUUAAAGUAGAUACAUGUGUGCUGCAGCUUCCAGCCAAUUUAGACAGAUGACAUUUGUUGUGUCUUUAGAGUAAUAAUCUAUUUAAAACUAUGACUUGAGUGAAUCUAGAAUGUAUCAACACGCAGAACAAUAUUGGAGCAGAAAUGACUAAAUUAAAUAAAUAAAUCACUCUUAGUUUCGUAAUCAAGAGCUACAGCACACUGAAAUUCUGUAAAAUUGAACGUGUAUUUUCUAAAUGUAUCUGGAAAGAAAUGUGUUUCGUACAACUUUGAGCGGGUGCUACAGAGACAAACCACAUUAUUUAAUUGCAGUAACAAAGAACAUGAAGUAUGCAGAAGACAGUAAACCACAAUCUGCCGAUUGCUCUGUGUUUCCUUUCCACUGGCUUCAGUUAUUGCAGAGAGUUGUGAUUUCUUAAGAAAUUCCCCAGUAAUACCUCAUAAUAACCACAUCAGUCAAAGCAAAAACUUUACUGUAAGAUCUUGAUUAAGUUUAAUUUAUAGUGCGGGAAACAUUCUGUUUUGUUUGAGUAAUAACAAUGAUUACUAAUGGUCUACAGUUUUGGAUGAUAAUUAUGAAUGAAUAUUAAACUUUAUUUCCUGCCCUUUAUUAGAAAAAUAAGAUGUAGUGAUUUCACAGGGGAUGCUGGAUUAGAUGACGCAGUAUGUGCCCUCUCAUUUAGAUUAAAUGCUGUCUGCUUUAAUGUCUGUAAUGUAUGUGCUUGGAACAAAGGUGACAACAUUUGCUACAGUGAAAAUAAAGGUAUUAAUUGUGGUUACA